ACUAACCAGUAUGUAAGGUAUAUAAAGAGAACCGAUUUCCACUUCAAGUACAAUCGUGACUGUGAGAUUUAUUGCUCGUAUUCUACAAAUUGGUAUUCUCCUGGAAUUCGUACACAACAUAUCGACACAAGAAUGAUUAAAGUACAGAAAUAUACAACAGCUACCGGACAGAUUAUGGAAAUGCCAACUCCAGAGUUCAGAAAUAUGAAAGCAUCCGACAAGUACAAAUAUAAAAACCUGCCACGACUAAAGGAAAUGUUACGUAAGCGUCACCUUCCAAUCGGUGGGAAUAAGAACGAGUUGGUUGAUAGAUUGAAGUUAUCAGAUCUCAAUGUUUCAGAGUUAAAAAUCAAACUUAAGAAGGAAGGUCUUUCGGUUAAUGGUUCCAAACCCGAUUUGGUGAAGCGACUACUGAAGGUCAGGGGGAAACGUACAAAGAACUGUGAUCAAAUUGAAGUUCCCGUUACUACUAUGGCAGUCAAACCAGCGGGUAAUCCAUGGAAGGUUCCGCUAUUGAUGAAAUGUGGUGGGUGUGGUCAGAGCGUACCUAACAGUGAUAAGUUAUCUCAUCUUGAUAGCUGUUGGUUUACCAAUGAUGGUCCAUCUGAUGUUUAUUUAUUGCAUGCUCGAAGUGUUAACUGGGCUGAGAAGUUUGAACUGUACCUGGCCGUUCCAUUAAAUGGAUCGUUUGAAGACAUUGAUUUAUUACUUCAAUUCACCUGGAUGCAAUGUUGUUUUGGUCAUGCACGUUCUUUGGAUAUAUAUGCUGCCAAUGUAUUUACGAACUUAAAGGACACCGAUGAUGACCCUGAUCCCGUAAUGACACUGACAUCAACUUAUGGUCUUAUGGUCGAUGACGACAUAGGUCCAAUGGAUACUGCAUUACGUCAGUAUCUUCAAAAUGGCGUACGAAUGAUGUAUGAAUAUGGUGGCGACUACACUACAUCGAUAUUUGUAGAUUAUAUAGGCGAACGACGUCUGAAACGCCCUCUACAAGAAGAGAAGGCUCAUGCCAAGACCAUUCGACCCGUGAUGAGAAAUGAGAUGCUGGUCAUGCCGUGUGAGCAUUGUUAUAAGAAAUCAACGAUGUUUUUCAUGGAUGACAGUCACUAUGACAGCGACGAAAGUGAUGAGGACACUUUCAAUGAAGAUGGAGAUGACGACUGCGGGAUGAAGUUUUUCUGUUCAAAAGCGUGUUCAAUAUUUCAGGGUCAUCGUAGAAGAGUUUUGAAACCGUUUCUAAAUUCGCCUAGAUCAGGAUUUUGUAAUUACAAAGGAAAGACUUAUCUUUGAAUGUCACCAUAACGUCAUGUAAUUACAACCAUGCUAAGCGACAUGUUUCUCUGUAACAGUGUUUUAAUAAAAAAGAUAGUUUCAAGUUAAAUAAAAUACGUU